AUGGACAAUAGUAUUCUGGGUCUUCUCAAACUUCGAAUUAAAAGAGGUACUGAUCUUGCAAUUCGCGAUGCCAUUAAAGGACGUGCCAGUGACCCUUAUGUCGUCGUCAGCAUGGGCGAUCAGAAGCUGAAGACUUCCGUUAAAAAAAACAACUGCAAUCCUGAGUGGAAUGAAGAAAGGACUCUUUCUAUAAAGGACGUUACAACCCCCAUACGUUUGUCAGUUUAUGACAAAGACACAUUCUCAGGGGAUGACAAAAUGGGAGAUGCAGACAUAGACUUAAUACCAUAUGUUCAGUGUGUGCAAAUGAGAUGGACUGACCUUCGAAAUGGUACUGUAGUGAGGAUCGUUCAACCAGAUGAAACUAAUUGCCUUGCCAAAGAUAGCAACUGCAUUUGGCAAAAUGAAAACAUCAUUCAAGAAAUGGUUUUGAAAUUGAGAAAUGUUGAGAGUGGGGAAAUAGUUGUGGAAAUAGAGUGGGUUGAUGUUAUUGGUUGCAAGGGCUUAUCACAUCUAGAUCUUUAA